UUUAUGGCUUUCCCAGCGUACAUGACAAGGAGACAUCGAGGAACAGAGAGAGACAAAUAGUUUAAUCUGAGUAGUGGUGACUGAAAGAUCAAUCAUAAAGGAGAGCAGGUGAAAACCUGGCAGAGAGUGAGCUGGGAGCCUGCGGGGGAUUUCCAUGUUUAGACCCUGCUGACUGCGGCUGCUGUUCCCAGCGUCCUGAGAGACCAAACAGCCCCCCACCACCUCUACCUCUCAGCUGCUUAACUAGUUUGCAGCAACUUUAAACAGGGCUGCAGCUUUACUUACUUUUCCUACUGUAUCGAUCUCUUUCCUCAGUUUAUAUUUGAGCUCUGCAGGUUGCAGGCAUCCUCCAUUUUUUAAACUCAAGGUACUGGCUGCAUCUGCUGAACCACACCAUGCAGAGGAGUCCCUGUUUGGCUCAUAUAGAGGCUACACAGCAUCAUAUGAGUGAAGGUGGUGCGUCUAACAGUUUCAAAGUCCUUGGAUGCCAUGAGCAGCUGGAUCUCAAGGACAGUCAGGUCUCUGAGGACCCCAGAGAAUACUGUUAUGGUGGGUACCACCCCAUCCAGAUAGGGGACACCUUCAAUAGAAGAUACCAGGUGGUGUCUAAACUCGGCUGGGGUUAUUUCUCUACUGUGGGGCUCUGCCAGGACCUCAAGCUAGGCCGGCGUGUUGCUGUGAAGGUGUUGAAGAGUGGAGCUGGCUUUACCCAGGCAGGAGAGGAUGAACUGGCUCUGCUGCGAUGUGCCAGAGGUUCUGUGGGCCGUCACCCCUUUGGCCAAAGGAUUGUUCAACUGCUAGAUGAGUUUAAGCUGGUCGGGAUCAACGGGGUACAUAUUUGCCUGGUGCUGGAGCUGCUGGGGCCAGAUGUGAGAAGCUGGCAGCUGUGUUUUGGGAAUCCAGGACUGUUGCAGCCUUGUGUCAAACAAAUACUUACCCAGGUCCUUCAAGGUCUGGACUACCUUCAUGCUCAGUGUAAAAUCAUCCACACAGACAUCAAACCAGAAAACAUCCUUCUGUGUCUGGAGGAGCAGCCCCACAAAGCCCCAGCAGGUGGCAGCAGCUCCUCCUCGAUACUGACUGGGAAUGAAGCCAAUUCACCAGAGGGGAAGCAAGUGAAACCAUACAGUUUAAAGGAAAUUGCAGUGAAAAUUGCUGACUUGGGGAGCUCCUGCUGGGUGUACAAACAUUUCUGUGAGGAGAUCCAGACCCGACAGUAUCGCUCACUAGAGGUGUUGCUGGGAUCUGAGUAUGGCCCACCUGCUGACAUCUGGAGUGUUGCAUGCAUGGCCUUUGAGUUGGUCACUGGAGACUCACUGUUUGAGCCUAAAGCCAGUGAGUCCAUUUCCCUGGAGGAAGAUCAUAUCGCCCAGAUAAUGGAGCUGCUUGGCAAAAUCCCACCUGCUGUUGUCUCGUUGGGUAAAUACUCUGCAGAGUACUUCAACUGCAGAGGUGACCUACGUCGUGUCGGUCCACUGAGGUUCUGGAGCAUUUAUGAGGUUUUGGUGGAGAAAUACCACUUCCUGUUGGAGGAGGCCUCUGGGUUCUCAGACUUCCUCCUCUGCAUGCUGAAUUAUCACCCGGAGAGGAGGGCCACUGCUGCGCAGUGUCUCCUCCACCCUUGGCUGACUUCCUGUUAGCCAUAUAGACCUCUACAGUCCUUACAGCCAGAUGCUUUAAGUUGCUAGACCUUGUCGAUUUCAGGACACAUUUAAGUCAUCACACCAGGGAAAUUCCCAUAGAACUCGAUGUUGUUCUUCUGCAACAUUCAGAAGAGAAGAAUUUGAAGUUCUCUAUAAGAGCCCAGUGAAGCACUUUGAGCUUUUUCACCCUCCAUUGUAAUUUUUGAUCAGACCUUUAAAUCCCUUAAGAAUCAUCUCCCAUCAAUGGUUUUCUGACACUGCUAGCCAGUGGAAUGCUGUAAAUCUGCAACCCUAGAAUGCAGCUAUUGUUCAGUACUUUUGAAUAUUAUUUUGUAUCUGGACUCAAAAUGUAUACAUUUGUUGAUCUUUUACAGUGGAUGUGCUAUAAAGA